GUAACUUUUCAUUCCGAAUCAGUCGGUGGGCAAAGGUGCAACAAUCGGAACAGCAAUAACAGAUAUACGGAUAAAAAGUUUGAAAACGGAAACACUGUUAAUUAAAAUAACACUAAAAAUAGCCAAAAAUGACCGAGUUAAAAGAUGAAGAUCUCUACCACGAGAAACUACCAAAUAUAUAUGAAGGAGUUUUGAAAUCUGCAGAGAAUUGUUGCACAACCACCACCGCAAAGAAAUUUUUCCCCAUCAUUACCUGGUUACCGAAAUAUGAACUGAAUUUUCUUAUACCCGAUUUUGUUGCGGGUCUAACGGUGGGCCUAACCGCCAUACCGCAGGCGAUCGUUUAUGGCACAAUAGCAGGAUUAACACCGCAAUAUGGGUUAUAUUCAGCUUUUAUGGGUUGUUUUGUCUAUAUAUUUUUUGGCACUUGCAAGGAUGUGACAAUCGGUCCCACUGCCAUUAUGUCUAUCAUGGUCCAAGCGCACACCCACAAUGCUGAUUACGCUAUAUUGGCAUGUUUUUUUACCGGUGUCAUCACACUUCUAAUGGGUGUUUUAAAUCUUGGCGUUCUGGUGCAAUUUAUAUCGAUACCUGUGACAACAGGAUUUACCAUGGCCGCAGCAAUAACAAUUGCUAGUGGACAAAUUAAUAACUUGUUUGGAAUAUCAAGUUCGAGCAAUGAGUUCAUAGAAUCGUGGAUAUAUUUCUUUAAACAUAUAAAUAACACACAACGCAACGAUGCUUUACUGGGUAUAAUUACGUUAAUUAUGCUGCUAAUUAUGCGUAAAAUAAAAGAUAUUAACAGUUCUUAUAAAAGUCUAACUAAAUACAUAUCAUUGUCCCGUAAUGCGUUGGCUGUUGUUGUUGGCAUUAUACUCUGUUAUUUCCUCAGUAGCGACGACUGGUUGCCGUUUCGUGUAAGCGGGAAAAUUGUACCUGGCCUCCCACCCUUUAAAAUACCACCAUUUCAUACCGAAAUCAAUGGCACAAAAAUUGAAUUUGAAGACAUGAUGGGGGAUUUGGGUGCUUCACUGAUCUCUAUACCCCUCAUUGCUGUGCUCGAGACUAUAGCUGUAGCAAAAUCUUUUUCGAUGGGAAAAAUUAUCGACGCUUCACAAGAAAUGGUAGCUCUAGGGUUAGCCAAUAUUUUCAGCAGUUUUUUCUCAUCCAUUCCUAUUUCGGGAUCAUUUACGCGUACAGCAAUAAAUAAUGCGAGCGGCGUGAAAACAGUCCUUGGUGGCGCAAUAACCGGCAUAUUAGUUUUAAUGACCUUGGCUUUUCUCACCAAUACAUUUUAUUUCAUACCAAAAGCAACCUUAUCUGCUAUCAUAAUAGCUGCUAUGAUUUUCAUGGUGGAGUAUGAUAGAAUUGCUGAAAUUUGGCGUUCGAAAAAAACGGAUAUGAUUCCCUUCCUGGUAACAGUACUUAGUUGUCUUUUCUGGACACUUGAAUAUGGCAUGGUUUGUGGGAUAGUCGUGAAUAUAUUAUUUAUUCUAUACAAAAGUGCAAGACCUACAAUUAUUAUCACAGAAGAAAAGCUUCUAAAAGACACUAAGAUAGCUGUUGUGGAUAUUCAAGAAAAUUUAACUUACUCCUCGGCUGAGUAUCUAAAAUCUAAAGUGGUUAAAUAUAUUUCAACGCAUAGUGAAAAAAUUGUCAAAGUUGUAAUAAGAGGAGAAGAAAUUCACACAAUUGACUCUACUGUGGCACUGAAUAUUAUAAGCUUAAAGCAAGACUUGCUUGCCUUAAACUGUGAACUUUUAUGUUGGAAUUGGCAAAUACCAUCCGCUGGAGUCAUUUGUCGCUUACACCCUGAUGCGCGCAAAAUGUUAAAAUUCAGUAAAACAUUACAGGAAGUCGUAUCGACGAAUAUGCAACAAAGUACCUUAACAUUAGAAACAGAUUGUGAAACAAUUACGAUACCAACCUAAGAUGUAUUUGUUUACGUUUAAUUUCGUUAAUGAUAUUUAAUAAAAAAGGGAUAAAUAUCUGUGUAA